UGGAUAAAGAAUAUCUUAUGGUGAGCACCAAUUAACUUGCUCAGAUCACAAAACCUCUCUUGCUCGGAGAUUUACAUUUUGAAUCAGAGAUGGAGAAAGGUUGGAGCACAACAUGUGAAAAGGUUAGAAACUACAUACCUGAUGAUCUUGCAUUAUGCAUUUUAUCAAAAUUGCCUCUAAAAUCUUUGAAGCGAUUUGGAUGUGUACGAAGAUCAUGGAAUCUGUUGUUUGAGAAUAAUCAUUUCAUGAACAUUUUUCGCAGCAAUUUCAUAUCUUAUCAUCAUUCUUGCUACGAUGAUACAUUUCUUAUGCUACAGUCUACCAAUAGAGAUCUUUAUUCCCUUUCUGGCGAUGAUUUUGAGAAUAUUGUCAAAUUAAAUUGGCCAAACCCAUUUCAUGAGGAGGACCCUUAUUUUUAUGUUUUGGAUUGUGGUAGUAUCACUGGAAUUCUUUGUCUUUACAAAUUAUUUUGCGGAAGAACUGUAUUCUGGAACCCGACAACCGAGGAAUUCAAGAUCAUUCCUCCAAGCCCUUUUCAUCUGGCAUCACCUUAUAUAUAUAUUUAUGAUAUUAAUGUUGAUCUUGUUGGAUUUGGUUAUGACAAAGUUAGAGAUGAUUAUAAGUUGAUUAGGUAUGUAAGUUAUCUUCCACAUUUACGUGAUUUAUCAUACGACGACUUAUGGGAGAUAUAUAGCCUUAAAAGUAACACAUGGAAAAAACUUGAUUUCAUUGACCCUCAUUUGCAUCAGUUUAUCUUGGGUUUUAAUGGAAAUGGAAAACGUGUUUACAUCAAUGGAAUGUGUCAUUGGUGGAAUUUAAGUCCGUCUGACGAUGGAGGAGUAGACUUGGUAUCAUUUGACUUUGACAAUGAAGUGUUAAUUACAACACCCAUACCCUUAAAAUUAAAUUCAAGGAAUAUAUACAUCACCGGGUUAAAUGGAUCCAUUGCUUCUAUCUCAUGUAUUUGGGAUACAACUAUUUUUGACAUAUCAAUUUUGGGCGAAGUCGGUGCAAAAGAGUCAUGGAUUAAACUCUAUAGUAUUGGACCAUUUUGUUGCAAUAUUAAAGAAACUAUUGGAGUAGGGAAUAAUGGCGAUAUAUUUUUCAGGAAAAAAGACGGAAACAUUGUUUGGUAUAAUCUACGUACCCAAAUGAUGGAGGAGCUGUGCAUUGAAGGAGAGGAUUAUAGUCAUAUAUUAAUUUAUAAAAAUAGUGUUCUUCCAAUGGGAGGAGUAAAUUAUUAGCUUAGUUUUUACCUAUGAUUGUAUGAAGUAUGCUUGUUUAUUCAUACCUAUAGUUAAGUGGUUUGAUCAUAAAUUCAAGUUAUAUUCUGUUUAGAAACCUCUCUAUAAGAUUAGACUAGUUAGUUUAUUACACAUAAUUUCUUCAAUGAACAUAAAAAUUUCAGUAAUUU